AUGGCUUUGUUACAGCUCGAGCAUAUUUUAUGGGAUAAAGCUCCUGCUGUUGUAUUGAACUUCAAACACAUCCCUAACCUAUCUCGACAUGAUAUCCCAAUUUCUGAUAGGUUUACUGGUGUUAUUCAAGCUGAAAGUACCAUAACAGAAAACGAAUAUGUUUCGGAGGGUCAGCAUAUGAGACAAAUGCUGCAAAGUUCUAGAGGAAUAACACUAAGAAGAAGAAAAGAUGGAUCGUUUGACCUGGAUAUCGCCAGAUAUUUCUCAAGGAUGACAGUUAAAAACGGGCAUGGUGGUACAAGAGUGAUAUCAUCUUUGGGUACUAUUGAUCCAGUGCGACGGUUCACAGAAUCAUAUCAACAAAGUCCGUGUUUACAACGAGGGGGUGUUUUAAAAGGUUUAAAAUUAGCUAACACUAUAGGAAAUGGAAGAAUUUAUAACUCUGAACUCGUAGGCAAUAUACGGGUUCUUAUAUCAUUUACAAACCCAUAUAUUGCCUAUGAGUUCAGAGUUAUAAAUUCUUCCAACAGCAUGUCAGCUUUUAGUAAAUUAAAAUUAUUUUCACCAAAUACUAUUUAUGAGAUUUCAGAUUAUUACGCAUCUAAUCCAAUCAAAUACUUUAAACAUGACAGUGUAAUGAAAUCUAAUGUAGCCCGGGUUCAGAGGGGUUUGUUACCGAAUGGAGACCUUUGGGCACUUGGAUUUUCGACCUAA